AUGUUCUCACGGCAGUCGGUGGUGUUUCACGGGACACACAAAAAACCCCUUCCUAGUUUCCAAACACCUUUUUAUAAGUCCGAAGCCUCUUCCCCUCCACCCGACCUGUCAAAACCACGCCUCCACCACCACACAAUUGGUCCGUACGCGUCAAAGAGCCAAUCAAACGUGGCGCCGCGGCUCCUCGUUACGCACGGACACAUCCACACCGCGCACACGGACGGCCCGCAGAGGCGCCAGGAAAAUCACGGAGCUGGGACCUUACCACCUCUCUCUCUCUCUGUGUGCACGGACUUCUCCCCUUCUGCUCCUCUCUCUGCACACGUCCUCGCUGCAGUGACUGUGAAAUGUGUGCGCGCACUCGGCUCUCCUUUGCGCGUGUGUGAGAAGAGAGAGGGCGAGGGCGCACGACUUCGCUCCAACUCCAGGCGCUGA